AUGAAAACAACGUCUGGAUCAAUAUCUGUUCAUUCCAAGGAAGCCCUUGAAGUAGAGUUCUUACUGAUGAGUUUACUUCCUGAUACGGGAACUUCUCUCUAUAUAGAUAGGUCUUUCCCUCUAUUGAGGAGGUCGAGUCGAAGGAAUAUAGUUUUUCGCGAUGAAGCUAAUGCCACUUCUAGCCCCAUCAGAGCUAGCAGCUCGAGCAUCCGAGCAAGUUUUACUUGCCCCACGUGCAUUCUAUCCUUUCCAUCAGCACCUUCUGUCCAUAACACUAGCAUUCACCUUCCUUCUGCCUCUGAGGCUUCCAAGCGCAGUUCUUUAUUUAGGUACCCGCUACCUGCUUUCUUUUUGAUCUUGCGCCCACGGCUGGGUACACGUAACAUCAAGCCAAUAUCGAUGAAAGAGCAUAACCUACUUCGAUUCCUUACGUGCGAUAAGGGGGACUUUCUUUCUAUAGAAAAAGCGCUUUCAAUUCGCAACCAUUUAUAA